CCACACCCAAAAUGCCAUUCAUUAGACUCACUUACAUGUCUGAUUCAGGGGUGGUACACAAUAUAAAUAUACUCGAUAACCAGCUGAAAAUGAACACAAAAGUCGACAACUGACUCCUCUGUUAACUUCAACUGAGCUUGGGACAAUGGAUAACCUGGUCAAAUGUGGAGGAUGGGGUGAGACAGAAGAUGCCACUAAAGAAAUUCAGAGCAUUUGUGAUGAGGUGAAGUGCCAAGUGGAGGAAAAGACAAACAAGAAAUAUGGAAUAUACGAAGCUGUUAAGUACAGGGGUCAGGUUGUGGGUGGAAUGAACUAUCUCAUCAAGGUUCAUGUGGGAUGUGACGAUUACCUCCAUAUUCGAGUCCUCGAAGGCUUUCGUUGUGAUGGAAUAGACUAUGUGCUAACCUGUGUAGAGGAAUGCCAUCACAUAUGUGAUCCCCUCAUUCCUUCAGUAAUUUGAAGCACAAGUAAUUCAACUGCUCACUGCCUCCAAACGGAUUUCAUUUCCAAUGUAUUAUAACACUUAUACAGAAUAUGAGGAUAUACAGUGUUGGAAGAAAAGAUGUUGAAUGAACUUUUUGUCAAAGAACAAUAAAGGAUGCAUCAGAAAAAUUAGAA